AUGUCAAACUUACCCGAGCCUCCUCCACCGUCGACUGAGAAGUUGACUAUCAAGAAAGUGUUGCGAGUCAUCGGUACUGGUAUCGUUCUCCUCAUUGCAGUCGUUUUUAUCUAUCUUGGCUCAACCAUUCCAGUACUGACAUCAUAUGCCGACUAUGUUGCCAUGUACAUGCUUGGGGCAAGGACCAUAUUUCUCGCAUGCAUGUUUUUUGUCGGAUGCUAUUGGUGCUGUCUUCCACUAGUGGCACCGAAGCAGGCCGGAAGCAGUAUUUCCGAGUGGGGUCCGAAAGCGCAAGCACAGUUUCUCGAAGCCUUGAGUCCAAGCAAUGGAAAAUUAGGCAGAGUGGGGAGAAUAUAUUUUGCUACGACGGGCGUAAUUAACGCAUUCAGUGGCCUUUAUCAUAGCUUCUGCUUCUGGAAAGAACCCGGGUUCAGCGUGCGCAAGCUUGUGAUGAGUGUGGUUUUCCUCCUUUGUGCUGCCUGGUCAAUCCAAUUCGCCUAUGUAGGAAGGGUGUCAACGAAGAAGGGCACCAGAGGCGAGAACAGUGGGCAAUGA